AUGCUCUCCCUCGCCCUCGCCGCUCUCCCCCUUCUGUCCCUCAUCUCCGCCGCCCCCCUCCUGCCCCGCGCAAUCUGCCCCGACGACCAAGUCCUCUACGGCACCCCCUCCGGGCCGAUCUGCGGCCCGCCCCCGCCUAUCUGCAUUUCAGGCUGGUACUGGUGCGCCUCGACCGCCGAGUGCAUCCCCUACUGGACGAAGUGCGAGGCGGGCGGCGCCGCGCAAAUCGCGCGCGCCUUCACGACUGACGAUGAUGGGCGUGAUGCGAAUGCGAGGACCAAGCCCGUCAAGCCCGCCGAUCUUUCCAGGCCCGACGGAGAGACUGGCCCUCAGACGGAGCCGGAGCCGCGGCCCCAGGACGCCGAUCGCAAGCCCAAGCCCAAGCCCAGCUCGCACCAUGACUGGCCCAAGUCCAAGCCCCACAAGCAGCCCAACGCCCCGAAGCCAUACUCGACGGACACGCAGCCGCACGAGCCGCGCACCGACCCCGACUCGGACUCGAGCGCACACCGCACACGCGAUCACAACUCCCCACCCCUCCACAAACGCGCCACCUGCGCGAACGACGAGGUGUUUGUCUGGCGCGACGGCGCUCCCGCGUGCGCCCCCGCCCCGCCCGUCUGCCAGAGCGGGUGGUACUGGUGCACGAACAAGUGCGUGCCCUUCUGGAGCAAGUGCGCGGCGCCUCGCAACGCUGCCCCCGAGGAGGUGUGA